GUGGGCGUGCACCUUAUGGUUGUACGGUUUGGUUGCGUUUGCUGAGAACUUGACACAGUGUUGCAGUAAAUCAGACAGAGCUACAGUAACAGCGCUGAAAUUUGUCACCCUGUUGCAAGUAUUUUUGGCCAGUGAUACAAGCAAGAGAUAUCACUGCCUUCUCCUGUUUGGGGAAGAGUUGAGUUGUUGAGCAAAGGAAGUACAUCGGAUCGUUUUCAAGAACAGUUUCAGAGAGAAUCGACACAUUUGACUGGAAAUGUCUGAAAACAAACCAAAUGAUGAUCCGAAGUUAUCCACGACGGACAGAGUGGUUAAUUCUGUCCCGUUUCCCCCAAGCCACCGACUGACUGUGAAAGAAGUGUUUGACAGUGAGGGCAAACCCAAAGUAGAUGUUCUGAAGGCCCACCUCACUAAAGAGGGGCGUGUGGAGGAGAGUGUGGCACUGCGAUUAAUUGGUGAGGGAGCGGCAAUCCUCCGUUCGGAGAAGAACCUCCUGGACAUAGAAGCCCCAGUGACAGUUUGUGGAGACAUUCAUGGGCAGUUCUUUGACUUGAUGAAGCUCUUUGAGGUAGGAGGGUCUCCAGCCAGCACACGAUACCUUUUCCUGGGUGAUUAUGUGGACAGAGGAUAUUUCAGUAUUGAAUGUGUACUGUACCUAUGGGCCUUAAAAAUCCUUUAUCCCAAGACACUGUUUUUGCUGCGUGGGAACCACGAAUGUAGACAUUUAACAGAGUAUUUCACUUUUAAACAGGAAUGUAGAUUUAAAUAUUCAGAGCGGGUGUAUGAUGCGUGUAUGGAUGCCUUUGACUGUCUUCCCCUGGCAGCGCUGAUGAACCAGCAGUUCUUGUGUGUGCACGGUGGAUUGUCCCCCGAAAUCACAAACCUUGAUGACAUCAGGAAAUUAGACAGAUUCAAAGAGCCUCCCGCAUAUGGACCAAUGUGUGACUUGCUUUGGUCGGACCCACUGGAGGACUUUGGCAACGAGAAAAGCCAGGAACAUUUCACACACAACACAGUGAGAGGCUGCUCCUAUUUCUACAGUUAUCCUGCUGUGUGUGACUUUCUACAACACAACAACUUAUUAUCUAUCAUACGAGCCCAUGAAGCACAGGAUGCUGGGUAUCGCAUGUACAGAAAGAGUCAAACUACAGGCUUUCCCUCUCUCAUCACUAUCUUCUCAGCUCCCAACUACUUAGAUGUCUACAAUAACAAAGCUGCUGUCCUGAAAUAUGAGAAUAAUGUCAUGAACAUUCGGCAGUUUAACUGUUCUCCUCAUCCUUACUGGCUGCCUAACUUCAUGGAUGUCUUCACUUGGUCCUUGCCUUUUGUUGGGGAGAAAGUGACUGAGAUGCUAGUGAAUGUCUUGAGCAUCUGCUCCAAUGAUGAGCUGACCACAGAUGAAGAGAUAGAUGGUGCCACGGCUUCUGCACGCAAGGAGGUAAUCCGAAACAAGAUCCGUGCCAUUGGAAAGAUGGCUCGGGUUUUCUCAGUUCUUCGAGAGGAGAGUGAGAGUGUUUUGACGUUGAAGGGUCUCACUCCAACUGGCAUGCUACCCAGUGGCGUUCUGUCUGGAGGCAAAGAGAAACUCCAGAAUGAAACUGCAGCUACUAUUGAGGCUAUAGAGGCAGAUGAAGCAAUUAAAGGCUUCUCACCUCAGCACAAGAUCAACAGCUUUGAGGAGGCUAAAGGGCUGGACCGCAUCAACGAGCGAAUGCCACCCCGCCGUGAUGCCGUGCCCUGUGACGCCAGCCUCAACUCCCUUAAUAAGGCUCUGUCAUCAGAGACCAACGGUACUGAGGGCAAGGCCUGCAGCGGCAGCGGUAAUAUCCAGUGAUCCCGCACUGUUCCUGCACGGUCGCCGCAGCGAUUAAGCCCCUCCAUAUCUUUUUCCAUACCAUAGUUGAUGGAGGGAAAGGAAAGAUUUGGAGUGUAGAUUUAGAGAGAAAGAGAAGAAGGACAGGAGAAAUAAAGGAGAGAAGAGGUGAGGGGGAGAGCAGCAUUUCAAAAAUAAUUCAGAGUGACACUCACUAGUCUUUGGAUAUGCCUUUUUUGUUCUUCUUUUUUUUGGCUUAAAAACAUGAAAAGUUGUCAUCUGUUCACUCUUUUCUGAUUGAUUUGGGAGGGGGGAUGAUCUUGAUUUCGGCACAGGGAAUUACAGCAGGAAAGAGAUCUUAUGUGAAAAGACCUUUAUUUACUGGAUAUAGGAUUUUUUUUUCUCUCUCUUUUUGUGUGUAACUUCUUGCUAACUAUUGUACGUUUACAAAAAUACAGCACUAAAAAUGGACAGAACGUAAAAAAAAAUGUUUUUAACAAAAAGGGUGUACAAACUAAGUAAGGACUAUUUAUUAAUACCUUUUUCCUACUCUUAUAAACUAGCUCUAGAGUAAAUUAGGCAGUCUUAAAAGAAUGUUGCAACAUUGUUAUAAUGCCAAAAAUGGAAUGUUUUAUGGUUUUGUACAGAUUAUGCUUACCUCAGGUUUCUUUGGUGUGUGCUUGGAUCCUACUUUCUGUAUUAUUACAAGCUAGCUUGAUGAAUAUGAAUUUUCUUGGAGUUUAAAAACUGGAAUUUACUUCUUUUUUUUUUAAUACUGUACGUAUGUCUUUGUUUUAUUUGGGUGGCCUUGGCGUGCAUUUAUUGUGGCUUGCUGGAAGUUCUGUGAAUUUUUUUUUUUUUUUUUUCCUCCCCCUUUUUCAAAUAUUGAGAAUAAACCAUAUAUAUGCUAAAUCUAUGUGUAUAUAUAUAUGUAUAUAUAUAUAUAUAUAUAUAUAUAUAUACACAUAUAUAUUAAAAAAGAAGAAAAGAAAGAAAAAAAGAAUGAGAAGGAAAGUGAGAAAGAAAAAUUGAUUAAUGGAAAAUAUCUGCCUAUGCAUGUUUUGUAAGACUUGACUAAGAAUAUUGAAUUACCUUGGCUGCCAAAGCCUGUUUUUACCUGUAGUGUGCUUAGUGGACAAAUCCUGAAAAUGUACCGCCAUUCUUAGCUAUAACACUUGGAAAAGCUUCAGGCUUGUUUUGUUAUCAAAGCAUCUACUUAUAAUAUGGAUGAGGAGUCAUGAUUUUAAACAAAUGCUUGUAUGUACACCAGUAGUCCGAAUUAGCAUGUUUAGGUGUUAACUUGAAAUAAGUUUGUGGUUCUCUGAUGUCAAACUCAAAAUGCAUGAUGCUGUUAGUGUCAUACAAGGUUUAGAUUUUUUUAAGGUUCCACAGACAAAAGUGUAAUUUCCAUAUUAUUAUUAUUAUUAAUAAUUCUGCUUUGUAUGUCAGUUUAUUAUUGCUAAAUACUUUACAAAACACAAACUCCAUCAAUGUUUUUUUUUUUUAUUGUUUUUUUUUUAUUAUUAUUAUUAUUAUUAUUAACAAAUGCUUAAGUGCCCAAGUAAUUCACUACACAAAACGAAGCCUUGCUUUUAUAAUUUUACUUCUGAACUGUUGGCAGAUGACGCAUGCACUCGCAGCUAUGAAAAGGUAUUUUAUAUUACUGUUAAAUAAAAUGUGCAUGAAAUUCAGUUUCUCAACUUUUUUUUCUCUCAAGCAAGGGCUUGUGUGAGUAUAGUUGGAAUGAACAGCUUAUGAUUGUGAACUUUUGCCAUGAAAGCAUUUCUGUGAUUUGCAAAAACCUAACCUUUCGCUGGAGAAUAAGAAUGGGGGGGAAAUCGUAUUAUGAAAUAAAUGUUUUUCUCUAACACACAUUGGCCACAAUUAAUCAUACCCUUUAUUCAAUACUUUUUGCAAACUCAUUUUGCAGCUCUGAGUCUUCACCUAUAAUGCCUGAAGAGUUUGGAAAACAUCUGACAAGAGAUCAGAGAGCAUUCCUUCAUCCAGAAGUAGGGGUGCUCCGAUCAGGAUUUUUGAGGCACAUCACCGAUCGCCGAUCUGAGAAAGCAGUAUCUGCUGAUACGAUCACCGAUACCGAUCUUUUUAAAGCCUUCCUUUUAUCAUGUAGAAUUAUUUAUAGUGAUGAUCCAAUCAAGGGGCCUCAUUUAUAAAGCGUGCGUACGCACAGAUUUGAUCUUAUAGUGUGCGUACGGUUAAAUCCACGCCAACGCUCAUAUUUAUAAAAACGGUCUUUGACGUGGAAAAGUGCUUAGCGUCACGUCAGGGUCCGAGCAGACCUACGCACUUUUUAUUGUCGGAGUAAUGCAGAUUUUUUCAAAUGUAAGCUGUUCUUGCAGGUCGCUGUUCUAAAUUAUGAUGAUUGGUGAUAUUUUAUAUGUUAAUGAUAUUAGGAGUCGUUUACGAGGCAGAGAGCUGAAACCAUUCAAUUGCGCGCAAGUUCAAGAUAAUUUGCAAUUCAUAGAUUUCACAUCUGAAAGAAGCGCGUACGCUCGUUUUCUGUUCGUACGUUCAUUCUAUGAAUCGCACGUACGAAUUUCUGAGAAACGAUCGUAAGAUCAAAUUUAGGACGGCUUCUGCGCAGCAUUUUAUAAAUGAGACCCAAGAUUUUUAGACAUUUAUUCAGGGCCGCCUGAAUUUCAUUUUUUAAUUUGAGGGCUGCAAGGGAGGGGAAGGGUAAGACCUUUUUUUUUUUUUUUUUUUUGACAUUUUUCAAAAAUAUAUAUUUAUCUCACCUAAAUGUUUGACCAUGCACUGCAUUUUUGUUUUGACAAUUUAUCUAUUAUUUUGAUUUCAAAUCCAAUCAUCAAAUCCAAACACUUAUUUAAAAUGCUUUUUCAGCAUUGUGAUUCUUUUUUUACACAUUACAGUAAUACA